GAGCCUGCCCACUUAAGUAGACUUUGCUCAUCCGCCAUAGCUAGAGCUUAGAGAAGCGAUCGAUUCGGUCGAUUCAUCCCUGAAAAUCUUGAAGGGAUGCGCUGCCUAAUCUCCUCCCUGGUUUUCGUGGUAAGUCUAAUUUGGUUUACGCGAGAUCUUCGCGGUUAAAAAGACAAAGAGGAACAAAGAGGCAGCGCUUUUGCCAAGUGUGGCCAAAGGGCUGCGAGACGAGCGAGUGCACUGCGAGGAUCUACAAGCGCGCCGCUUCUACAGUGCUCUUGAAUCUCUUCCGGGAAAUUCACGCCGAUCUUCCCGAGAAUUUAAUGUCAGGGCUUGUAAUUGUCAGGGAAAAGCUACCAGGGAUGGAUUCGGGAAGAGGAUAGGGAAGGAAUUGGCGAGUAGAAGGGGAAUUAGAUUAGAGACUUGGUUGUGCGCGAAGGAUAAGCUCUGUAGAUAGCACUCGCUAUGGCGGCAUCCGGCGGUGGUGGGUCUCUUCCCCAGCAAUUUGGAGCGGCCAACGGUGUCUUGGGUCGAUCCAAUUCGCUACUGGGAGGGCGAUUGGGAAGCAUGGCUCUCCCGCGGCAGCAAUCGAUCUAUUCCCUGACGUUGGAUGAAUUCCAGAGCAGUCUGGGCGAGCCCGGCAAGAACUUUGGCUCCAUGAACAUGGACGACCUCCUCAAGAACAUCUGGACAGCCGAGGAGAGCCAGGCCAUGGCCGCCGCAUUGUUUAGCUCGAACGAUCCCUCCUCCUCUUCCGCGGGCGCCGUCGUCGCCGCUGAGGAUCCCUCUCUCCUCCCCCGGCAGCCCAGCCUGGGCAUCCAGCGCCAGAAUUCCCUCACUCUCCUCCCCCUCCCGCAAUCGCUCAGCGCCAAGACGGUGGACGAGGUAUGGAAGGACAUCGGGCCCCUGGACGGCUACGGUACCGCCGGCGACGCGGCGGUACCGCCCAUGAAGCCGCGGCAAGGGACUUACGGCGAGAUGACGCUCGAGGACUUCCUCGUCAAGGCCGGCGUCAUGGCGCCCGACGCCAUCGACCACGCGCAGGCCGGCUACUACCCGACCACCAGUACCGCGACGGCAAACGGCUCGUACGGAAAGGUGACGCGGGACGCCGCGGCGGUACCGGGCGGCGGGACGCCGAUACUGGGCGGUAUGACGGGCCUACUGCCCGGCAAGAAGGAACCGGUGGAGGUGAACGAUCCAAUGCUGGGAAUUGGGCUUGGGCCGGCGAGGAACAAUCUCUCCUCCCCGAAUGGAUUCUAUGCGGCGUCCAGCGCCGCGGCACAGGCGGCCAAGCAUCAGGCGGAGUGGAUCGAGAGCCAGUACAAGAAUUCCACGGCGCUGGCGCAGCAGCAGCAGCAGCAGCAGCAGCUCAUGCAGCUGGCGGCAUACAAUGGCAACGCGGCGGUAUCGACGGGGCUGGGCAUGGGACUCAACGGCGGUACCGCCGGCGGUGUGGUGUGCAUCAAGGAGACGUCGCCCGGGAGCCCGCUAUCGGACGCGCUGGACCAAAACGGGGGCUAUGGCGGGCUUUCCAACUAUGGUGGCGGAUUCGAUGGCCCCCUCCGAGGGCGCAAGAGGAUCCUGGACGCGCCGCUGGAGAAGAUUGUGGAGCGGAGGCAGCGGAGGAUGAUCAAGAACCGGGAAUCGGCGGCGCGAUCGCGAGCGAGGAAACAGGCUUAUACAGUCGAGUUGGAGGCCGAGGUGACACAACUCAAGGAAGAGAACAUGAAACUCCGGAAAAUGCAGGAGGAGGAGAACAUCAAGCGAAAGAAACAGCAGCAGGCCUUGGAAGUGAUCACUCCAAUGACCCAACACCUCCCAAAGAUGCUCAAGAGAACGCUCACGGGACCCUGGUAACCACGACGCUUGUACGGAAGAACCUUUGAUCCAUCGCUCUCUCGUAAGAACGGAGGUACGAAAAGGAAGAAACGUUUCCGAGAGGACAAACGAGGCCCGGGGCGGUCCCCGCAAUCUGAUCCGUCCAUUGUCCUCUUGCGUGUACUUGGCGAUCUACAAAGCCCCACUGUUGCUCCUUAUUAGAUCGCUUGGCUCUCUCUUGUUUAAAAGCAUUGUUCUAUCCAGCUUCCAUUCCACUGUA